ACAUGGAGCAGACGAGCGCUUCCUGGGGGAAGCUGUCGCUCCCUGAAGAGUGGCCAGAUCCCAAUGUUGAGGAUGAGGACCGAGGGCAGGACUCCUCUUGUCUGAGCCGAGCCCAGACUGCCAAAUCCAGCCCAAAUUUGCUGCAGAUGCUGAAGGCAGCAGAGAGCAGAAGGACUUCUCACAGCAAGGAUAAAGAGGAGACGGAAGCGUCCAAGAAUGGGACAUGCGCGUCUGUGCCAGAAGCUCAGAAGACCGACAUGCAAAUCCAGUACACUGAGCAGAAACAGGAAUUCAACCAGCGUCCCAUCAAGGCCGGCCGGCGUUCCAUGUCCCGAUCCAUGUCCCAGUCGUCUACUGACAGCCACAGCUCAGUGUGCAGCGAGAGCUCAGAGGACGAGUCCUCGCCCCGAGAGAAGCUUCAGAAGAACACCCGAGGCCUCUCUGACUUCUGCAUCAAGAACAUUGGGCAGGCCGUGUUUGGACGGCGGGAGAUACAAAUCGCAGAGCAAGAAAUGCCGGCUUUGAUGGUUCUGAGGAAGAGAGCAGGAGGAGAGAAGCCCCUCGCUGGAGCCAAUGUGGUGGGCUGCACCCACAUCACUGCCCAGACGGCGGUUCUGAUCGAGACUCUGUCUGUGUUGGGGGCACGAUGUCGUUGGGCAGCUUGCAACAUCUUCUCCACUCAGAACACAGUGGCUGCAGCUUUGGCAGAAGCAGGUAUCUCAGUGUUCGCGUGGAGGGGAGAGUCGGAGGACGACUUCUGGUGGUGCAUUGAUCGAUGCGUCGGUGCCGAGGCUUGGCAACCCAACAUGAUCCUCGAUGACGGUGGAGAUCUGACCCACUGGAUCUACAAGAAAUACCCAGAUACGUUCAAGAAGAUCAAGGGGAUCGUGGAGGAAAGCGUCACCGGAGUUUAUAGAUUAUACCAGCUGUCAAAAGCCAGCCGGCUGUGUGUUCCCGCCAUGAACGUCAACGACUCAGUGACCAAGCAAAAGUUCGACAACCUCUACUGCUGCAAGGAGUCAAUACUGGACGGCUUGAAGAGAACAACUGAUGUCAUGUUUGGUGGGAAGCAGGUGUCAGUGUGCGGCUACGGUGAGGUCGGUAAAGGAUGUUGUGCAGCGUUGAAAGCGUUGGGGGCCAUUGUUUACGUGACAGAGGCAGACCCCAUCUGCGCCCUACAAGCCUGUAUGGAUGGCUUCAGAGUGAUCAAACUGAGUGAGGUGGUGCGCCAGGUGGACGUGGUGAUCACAUGCACAGGUAACAAAAACGUGGUGGUACGAGAACAUCUGGACCGGAUGAAGAACGGCUGCAUCGUCUGCAACAUGGGACACUCCAACACUGAGAUAGACUUGGCUAGUUUGAGGACCCCAGAGCUGAAGUGGGAGCGGGUGCGCCCCCAGGUGGAUCAUGUGAUAUGGCCUGAUGGGAGGAGAAUAGUUCUGUUGGCGGAGGGGCGUCUUCUCAACCUGAGCUGCUCCACUGUGCCCUCCUUUGUCCUCUCCAUCACAGCGACCACCCAGGCGCUGGCUCUGAUAGAACUGUACAACUCUCCGGAGGGACGUUACAAACAGGACGUCUACCUUCUGCCAAAGAAGAUGGACGAGUAUGUGGCCAGUCUCCACCUGCCUGCGUUUGACGCUCACCUGACGGAACUGACGGACGAGCAGGCCAAGUAUCUGGGCAUCAGCAAACACGGUCCCUUUAAACCAAACUACUACAGGUACUAACAUCAGCUUCCUGUUGGAAAGUGGACGUCUUCCUCCAGCACGCAGAGAAAUAGCGCCCUCACCUGUUCCACUUCGGCAACGACCUAGCUUGUACUUGAAUAUGACUCGACGAUUUCAUGUUGCCACCGUCCAUCAUUUAAACAUAUAGUCGAAAUGAAGUGUACAGUUGACUUCUUGAUGUGAUUGCACGUUUCUAUGUAUUGAUGCCAAUGAAUAGUCGUGUCAUUUACCUCACACAUACUGUACUGUAGUGAACCUUCUAAAUGCACUGACCACCCCUUCAACAAAUGCUUUUUCACUUUUUUCGAUAGAUGAAAACUAAAACAAUAUAAAUAUGUCAAAUAAAGGCGCGUGUCAUUUGUUCUUUCUCCCACUAGGGGGAGCCAGACCCCAAAAGUUGUUUGUCCAUUUUGGUUUGCGAAUACAUUUUAGUGAUGUGUUCUGACUAAA